AUGUUUGUGGUUCUACGUCUGUGGAUCAGAGCUCGGUAUCAUCAGAGCUUCAAUGCAGAAGACUAUUUUACAGUUGCUGGAUGGGCCUUAUUCAUGGUGUUUUGCGCUUGCAUGCUUCUACUCAAUGUCUACGGUGGUGGAUACAAUGCAUGGGAUGUCACCGAAACCGAGUUCAUCAAGUUUCAAAAAGUCUCGUACGCAACCACGCUGGUUUAUGUUCCGAUGGUCUUUGUGAUCAAGAUCGCUCUCCUAGUAGUCAUGGGAAGGAUUUUUGCUCCCCACCGCGGGAAGGUUAUAGUCAUAUACAUCAGCAUCGGCAUCAUGCUGUGCUAUUACGUCGCAGCGCUGUUCCUCAAGAUAUUCUUCUGUGACCCUAUCUCGGCAUACUGGUUUGGUACUUCCAAUGGUGGAAAGUGCCUCAACCAGCGGAAUGUCAUUAUUGCCGACUCAGUCAUCAGCAUCGCUAGCGACUUGUGGGUUCUAAUCUUGCCUGUCCCAAUGAUCUGGUCACUUCAAAUGACACGGGCGAAGAAAUUGCGAGUCGUCGGAAUACUGGGUGCCGGGGGACUUGCUACGGCGUUUAGUGUCUGGCGACUAGUGAUCAUGGUGGCGGAAAGCAAUACGACAAACACAACGUGGUUCUGGAUCCACUGCGUUUUGACUGCUAACGCCGAAGCAGGGAUCGGGCUAAUCUGUGCCUGUCUACCUGCGAUGAGCCAUUUUUUCACCCGGGUGAAAAGCAAGAGAGGAACCACCACCAAUAACAGCUAUUUGAAUAGACAUGAGCUGGAAAGCUGGAAAGAUCGCGCCAAUCGCUCCACCACCCUGAAACCCCCCGACAACUUCUUCCUGUCCAACCAGAACGAUCAAGCGCAUCUUAUUUCCACUUGUGUCGGUCCCGAACAGCGCGAGAACUCUAUUUCCAGCGUACACUCCGAACAAAAUACAGCGAACUCUGAGGGGAUUGGCAAGAACGUCACCGUGUCGCAAGUUUUUGAGGUUGUGAAAUAA